CCCUAAAAAACAAUUAUCAGCUGGAGAAGGAAGAAAACAAGCUGACACUAGUUCUUAACCUCAUCGGACUUCCUCUCCCCGGCCAAACCCAACAUGGGAAGCUCCCGCCAAACCUCUGGCUCCAGCAUCGAAUCCCUCAUGGAGUGCCUCCACGCCACCAAGAACGCCUACAUCGCCACCAAGUGCCUCUUCACCAUCCACAUCGUCUUAACUAAGGGUUCCUUUAUACUCAAAGAUCAGCUCCCCGUCUACCUUGCUUCCGAUGGUAGGAACUUCCUUUACCUAUCAAAAUUUCGCUACAGAUCCGGCCCGGGGACCUGGAAACUAUCGUUCUUGGUCUAGUGGUACACCGCCAUCAUCGAGUAGAACCUCGCCAUCUCGAGAGCCCUCAGCCGAUUCCUCUCCGGCGGCAAGAGGAAGGAGGGAGCAAUUCUGGAGAUGCUGAGCAGAGACUUGCUAACCAAGGUCAAAACUAUGGUCGAUUUCGCGCAAAUUAUAAGUGAGG